CUGGUACUGGUUGUGGAGAAUGGAGAAGGGUAAUCUCGUCAUUUAAUGAAAAUAUGAGGGUCAGUUUGUUCAAAUUCUUGCAGCGAGGGCCUUGGCGGCUCUUUUAUUGACCUUCGCUCUCUCUGCAUUGUUCAUUAUUGUUGUUCAUAAUUGAAUUAUUAAUUUUUUUUAUUUAUUAGUGUUGUGGGUGGAGUCAGCUCUUCUCCAUUGGCUGAUCCCUCUCAAUGGCCAUAUGGCAUUCAGAAUCUUCAAAUUCGUUGAUUUCAUCCUUUUGAUCUUCCGUUUUGCUGUCUCGUCUGAAACGCUGUCAUCUUAGAUUUGUUGAAGUUUUUGAGAUGAUGAUCUCUGUUAAGACAUGGAAAUGCUCGUGGUCUCUGGUAGCAACCAUUGCUUCUAUCGUGGUAUUAGUUUCAUUAGUUCAUCUGUUCUUGUUUCCUUUGGCGCCUUCUUCUGUUGAUUACUUCAGUACCCGCCAAGUUCAGACUUCUUGUUCCCCAUUUAAUGGGUCAACUGAAAGCAAUGCGCAUGUGGCUAAAAAUCAGCAACCCCGUCUGGAUUUGAGUAGUCGGUUUCCAGCUGAUUUGCACAAUGCAGUGGUUUAUCGUGGUGCACCAUGGAUAGCCAAGAUAGGACGAUGGUUUUCUGGUUGUGACUCAACUACCAAGGCAGUAAACAUUAUUGAGAGAAUAGGUGGCAAGGCCUGCAAGAAUGAUUGCAGUGGUCAAGGCAUUUGUAACCGGGGACUAGGACAGUGCAGGUGUUUUCAUGGAUAUGCUGCAGGAGAAGGAUGCUCUGAAAGAUUGCAGUUGGAGUGCAAUUAUCCAGGAUCACCAGAGAUGCCAUAUGGGACAUGGGUUGUCUCAAUUUGUCCUAGAUAUUGUGAUAAAACGAGGGCAAUGUGCUUCUGUGGGGAAGGCACAAAAUAUCCAAACCGUCCUCUGGCAGAGGCAUGUGGAUUUCAAAUAGACUUACCUUCUACACCUGGUGGGCCCAAGCUGACUAACUGGACAAAGGCUGAUCUAGAUGUCUUUACAACAAAUAGUAGCAAACAUGGGUGGUGCAAUGUCGACCCACAGAAAGCCUAUGCUUCAGAGGUACAAUUUAAAGAGGAAUGUGAUUGUAAAUAUGAUGGUCUCUGGGGGAGGUUCUGCGAGGUGCCUGUGCAAUGCACGUGUAUCAACCAAUGCUCCGGUCAUGGGCAUUGCCGUGGUGGAUUUUGUCAGUGUGAUAUUAGUUGGUAUGGAACAGAUUGCAGUAUUCCCUCUGUGUUAUCAUCUCUCAGGGAGUGGCCUCAAUGGAUUCGACCAGCCACAGUUGAUCUACCUGAUAAUGCACAUCCCAGCAGAGAUCUUAUCAACAUGAAAGCUACGGUGACAAAGAAAAGGCCUCUUAUAUAUGUUUAUGAUUUGCCACCAGAGUAUAAUAGUCUGCUCCUUGAGGGUCGACAUUUCAAGUUCGAAUGUGUAAACAGAAUCUAUGAUGACCAGAAUGCAACAUUGUGGACAGAUCAGUUGUAUGGUGCACAGAUAGCACUCUAUGAAAGCAUUCUUGCUAGCCCUUAUCGAACAUUAAAUGGUGAAGAAGCAGACUAUUUUUAUGUUCCAGUUCUUGAUUCAUGCAUUAUAACUCGUGCAGAUGAUGCACCUCACUUGAGUAUGCGGGACCACAUGGGGUUGAGGAGCUCUCUGACUCUGGAUUUCUAUAAGAAGGCAUAUAAUUACAUAGUUGAGCAGUAUCCUUACUGGAACCGUUCUUCUGGAAGAGACCAUAUUUGGUUUUUUUCAUGGGAUGAAGGUGCUUGCUAUGCUCCCAAGGAGAUUUGGAACAGCAUGAUGUUGGUCCACUGGGGGAACACAAAUUCAAAGCAUAACCACUCAACAACAGCAUAUUGGGCAGACAACUGGGACAAAAUUUCCUCUCUUAGAAGAGGCAAUCAUCCAUGCUUUGACCCUGAUAAAGAUCUGGUGCUUCCUGCAUGGAAAAUACCUGAUCCAAAAUCCUUAGAAUUGAAGUUAUGGUCAAGGUCCCGUAAGAAUCGCAAGACACUGUUCUACUUUAAUGGAAAUCUUGGACCAGCUUAUAGAGAUGGCAGACCUGAAGAUACGUAUAGCAUGGGUAUCAGACAGAAGCUGGCAGAAGAAUUUGGAUCAAGCCCUGACAAAGAAGGUAAGCUCGGGAGGCAACACGCAGAAGAUGUGAUCGUAACUCCAUUGCGCUCUGCAGAUUACCACAAUGAUUUGGCCAGCUCCAUUUUCUGUGGAGUGUUACCUGGAGAUGGUUGGAGUGGUCGGAUGGAAGAUAGUAUCUUGCAAGGGUGCAUACCUGUUGUCAUCCAGGACGGGAUCUUCCUUCCAUAUGAAAAUGUGCUCAACUAUGAAAGCUUUGCUGUUCGAAUUCGUGAGGAUGAGAUUCCAAUCUUGAUAAAGAUUCUGCGGGGAUUCAAUGAGACGGAAAUAGAUUUCAAAUUGGCAAAUGUGCAAAGGAUCUGGCAGAGGUUUUUGUAUCGUGAUUCUGUUUUGCUUGAGGCUGAGAGGCAAAAACGUGCUUCUGGUCGUGUGGAUGACUGGGCAGUAGAGUUCCUGAGACUGAGUGAAGACGAUGUCCUUGCCACAUUCAUACAGGUUCUGCACUACAAAUUACAUAAUGAUCCUUGGAGGCGGCAACUUGGUUAUUUGACAAAGGAUUUUGGAUUACCAUCAGAGUGCUUGUUAGACACCAACUAAUGCGUUAUAGGUCAACUGGAAAGUACUUGGAAGGAAUUGCAGUAGCUCAAGAAUUGGGGAACAGAAGCAACGUUUGUCAUUUUCAGCAACUGAGAUCGACCCUGCAGCCUGCCAUUGCAAUUGAGAGAACCACUGUGAUAGUUGCAAGUGUCGGUCUCAAGUUUAGAGCUACAAGUUUCUUGUUGUAACAAUUAUCUUAUUCAAGUACAACUCCUAACUAAUUUAUUAAUCUCUGGCCAAUUUUACCCUAUGAAGAAAGGGCAGAGAAAAUGUGAAUAUUAUCCUCAGUAGCAGGUGUGCGGGAGUAUUAAUUUUGUUUUGGGAGAGAAGGAUGCAAACAAAACUAAUCUUCUUUUCAUC